AUGUUGGCUGAGCCGAAGCAUCUUCUCGCCGCCAUGAUGGCCGUCCUGUCCAUCGGCCACGCGUCUGGCCAGUGUGCCAGUGCGCUCUACGUGUUCUGGGGUCCGUGUGCCAACUCGACGUGUGAAUCGGCUCAGCUGUAUUUCCCGAUCCAAUGGGAGGCAGACUGCGUUGCGUCCAACCCGAUCGUGACAGUCGAUUUCACGGCACCUAUCGUGAACAGCGGUGUUGCCUCGGCCACUGUCGAGGGCAACUCGACCACCGUGUACGGCGAGGUGUCGGAUGAUCAGAUGAGCGUCACGUUCGGCAUGGGCGAGUCUGGUGUAGAUCCAAGCUCCUACGAUUCAGGUUGGUCCGGGUUUCUGGUUAGUCUCGACAAUUGCGACACCUCCUACACCUGGAGCGACAACUUCUUCGAGGUGUCCUACGUCGACGACGAGCAAAACACGAUCGACCUGUCCGCCUUUGAAGACCCUGACAUCGAGAUUCCUGACACCGGGAUAUGUCCCACUCCUAGCCCGGUCACGCCGUCUCCAGCCGCACUAGCACCUGUCACCAACGCUGCUGCUAGCCCCACGGAAGCAGGCUCCUCGCUCGCACUCGGGUGCUACGAGGAUGACCCCGAAGACCGUAUCAUGGACAACCUCGCUCUUUCCGACUCGUCCAUGACAACCGAGCUGUGCGAGCUGACAUGCGUCGGAAGCACCUACUUUGCCACACAAUACCGACGAGAGUGCUGGUGCGGUUCGGCUGAUGCGGACUACGCUCUACACGGGGAGUCCACCGGCUGCACCUACGCCUGCUCAGGGGACACUUCUCAAACGUGCGGCGGGUUCAACGCCGCCAACGUCUACCUCUACCCGGAUGACAGCACUCCCAGCCCCACUCCUAGCCCCAUUCAAGAAGGCCCCUCUCCUGCACUUGGGUGCUACGCGGAUGACCCCGAAGACCGUAUCAUGGACGACCUCGUUCUUUCCGACUCCUCCAUGACAACCGAGCUGUGCGAGCUGACAUGCGAAGGAAGCACCUACUUCGCCACACAAUACGGACGAGAGUGCUGGUGCGGUUCGGCUGGUGCGGACUACGCUCUACACGGGGAGUCCACCGACUGCACCUACGCCUGCUCCGGGGACACUGACCAAACGUGCGGCGGGUUCGACGCCGCCAACGUCUACCGCUACCCGGAUGACAGCACUCCCAGCCCCACUCCUAGCCCCACGGAAGCAGCAUCCUUUGUCGCACUUGGGUGCUACGGGGAUGACCGUGAAGACCGCAUCAUGGACGAGCUCGUUCUUUCGGACCCCUCUAUGACAACCGAGGGAAAAUGCAGAGGUAUGCCUGCACCGUUGCUUAUCGACACAGUGUACAUGUGA